AUGCAAGGCUCUUUUUAAGUGAAGGAAACUCUAGCUGACAUCUUUGAUUAAGUAAAAGAUGUAGAUAUACGAAACUUUGGGGCAAUAUUAGAAAUAUUAAGGAAGGAAAAAGCUUAAGACGGUAUUGGUUUUCUAUCAGACAUUUGGAAUCAGAGAAAGUUAGAAUCAUAAAUUUUAUAACAAGUAGGAAAUUUAGCCCAAGCUGAUACAGAAUAGUAAUUGUCUGUUGUUAGAAAUGAAAUCAAAUAAAUCACAGAAGUCUUAAGAAAAUUAAAAGACCAUGACUUCAAUAAGAUUGACUAUUCUUUUGAAGAAAAUGAAGAAUCCACUUAAAGUUUAAUUAAUAGUAUCAAGGAUUAUAGAUAGAUAUUUGAAUUUCUUUAAUUUUUAGUUCACCUCACAUCCAUUGAUGAAACUUUGAUAUAAGUUGGGUCUAAUUCCUUACAUUUAUUAGUUUAGAUGAAAGUGGACCUUAGCAUGAAAAAUUUGGAAAAUAUUAAGAUCUAAAAUACUUCUUUGGUGGGUGCUAAUUUUGUUAGGUGUAAUUUUAGUGGAUCCUAAUUUCAUAAUGUUAAUAUAAGCGGAAUAAAAAUAAAUGGAGCAUUAUUAUUGAAUUGUUAAUGGAAGAAUUUAAAAAUAAAAGAAUUAAAUAUAUUCCAUGGUCAUACUAGUUAUGUUAACUCAGUCUGUUUCUCUCCUGAUGGAAAUACAUUAGCUUCUGGUAGUGUAGAUUAGUCUAUCCGUCUAUGGGAUGUUUAAACAGGAUAAUAAAAAGCCAAAUUAGAUGGUCACAAUUAGUCAGUUAAUUCAGUAUGUUUCUCUCCAGAUGGAAAUGAAUUAGCUUCUUGUAGUAAUGAUUAUUCAAUCAUAUUAUGGGAUGCUAAAACAAGAAAGAAAAGAGUCAAAAUAUUUGGUCAUACUAGUUUUGUCUAGUCAGUCUGUUUCUCUACUGAUGGAAAUACAUUAGCUUCUGGUAGUAGAGAUAAGUCUAUCCGUUUAUGGGAUGUCAAAACAGGAUUAUAAAAAGCCAAAUUAGAUGGUCAUAGUAAUUGUAUUAACUCAGUAUGUUUCUCUCCUGAUGGAAAUACAUUAGCUUCUGGUAGUAAUGAUAAGUCUAUCCGUCUAUGGGAUGUCAAAACAGGAUUAUAAAAAGCCAAAUUAGAUGGUCAUAGUGAAUGGGUUAUAGUAAAUGGGUCUCAUCAGUCUGUUUCUCUCCUGAUGGUAAUACAUUAGCUUCAUCUAGUGAAGAUAAGUCUAUCCGUCUUUGGGAUGUGUAAAAUGGAAAAGAAAUUUAAUCUGCUGAUAAAAAAUUUAAAGAUAUUCUUGCUAAAUUCAAAGCACCAAUAUUUUCAAAUAAUCCUCUGCCAGGUAUUUCAUUAUUUAUUACCUUUUAGAAUCCAACAAUAUUACAAUUCUAAGAAUAUCUUAAACACCACUAUUCUAAGCGCAAGGAGCAUUAAUCUUGAAAGGAGAAUUUAUCAAUUAUGAGGGAUACGAUCUAAGAUCAUUAUUCAAAUCCUUAGGAAGUUGCAUUUUAGAAGACUUUAAGUAAAAGUGA